UUCUCAUUUCACUCCCAAAACAUUGGGCCAUGUUUUGAAGAUGCCAGUGCCAGAAUAGGUUAUAGUGGACUCCAGCAGCUUUCAGUGGUUUCAGUGGCUUCUCCCAGCGCUUCGUGGCCGCCCAAGCCACCAACCAACUCCAACAGCCACAGUGUGCCGUCUCCCGGAGUCUGGGGUAAAACGAUAAUGCGAUCCCGCUGAUAAGCCAGCUCGCCCCAACCGCCACCUUAUCAGCCGCAUCGCAUACCAAAAUUUCAACCCCCAAAAGCGUCCAUCGACAUCCGAACGACCACGAUACUCUCCAACCUCAUCAACGAAUUCUACCCCAACCAACCGCCGCAAUGGAUAUGUUAACCGCCAACGAGCAGCGCAUGUUAGAGCAGCGCAUGCAGAAGCGCCAAGUCAAGGAGUUCAUGGGCGCCUUCGGCGGACUCGUUGAGCACUGCUUCAUGUCCUGCGUCGAUGACUUCACCUCCAAGGCCAUCUCUUCCCGCGAGGGUGGCUGCAUCAACCGCUGCGUGACCAAGUGGAUGGCCACCCAGCAGCGCGUCAGCGAACGCUUCCAGGAGCACAACGCCCAGCUCUCUGCCCAGAUGCAGAACCAGCAAUAAGCUCAGACGCGAGCGAAGUCACGACAUAUGACGGCCGCCCGUCCAUCCGUUUCGAUACCCUGCGGUGUGACCGAUAGUGGAAACCUCCCGGAUAAAUCAAACCCGUCUCUGUCUCGGCCCGGGGAUGUAAAUGCGUUCCGAGUGUGUGGCUGUGUAUGAAUACGAAUCGGAAAAGGACAGACCUUGGUGAUGGUGAUGUCUUGGACGGGCACUUGUCGACAAUAGAGGGGGACAACAAGUGAUGAGCCGAUGCGUACCGGCCUUGUAGCACCAACUUGUCAUUGUACAAUUACGAUGGGGCAUAGAAAAGAGGCCAUCUGGAUUGGCUCUGUAGUCCUUGAAUGUGUUAUCCGUUUCUACUCAACUCCCAGAAAUAUGAAUUAUGAAUGACAUGGCGGA